CAGGUUGCCAUGCGUCUCCGGGUUUGUUGUCCGUCGUAAAACAACUCCCAUACCGAAGGUAUUCUUGAAACACGCCACACGACGAAAUUAACGAAGCUAUUUCCGCAUAAUUCUACCCAAAUUACAUAGAUUUUAGCAGAAAAUGAGUCGACAUCGCUUUAAUAAUGUUCAGAUCAAGGCCCUGCCCGGGGGUUUGAUGGCCCAGCAGGAGCCGCAGGGAGAUGGCGGGCAGAAGAUACCGAUGUGGCCAAGCGAACGGAUUGUUCCAGGCGGUGCUGGGGCUUUUCAUACGGCAAAGGUGCAGUAUAGCAAGGAGACCGCCGAUCUGAUUCGAUUACUCGUCAAAGAGUCCAAAAUGUCGAUGAUGGUGCGCAAGCAGAUCGACGAGAGCCUUCGUACUGGCGAUCCUUUGCCAUUGCCAGCGCCGCCGCGUCCCAAUACCAACAAUGAUCCGGACAAGGAGACACUGGCCAUCCUAGAGCGUGCACGCAAUGCCAAGCGCAAGAAUCUUCGCCAGAUCGAGGCCAGCGGGGCUUACAAGCAGAGCUACUACCGUCCGCCCACCGACAAUCGUAUGCAAGGCGAGAAGGCCAAGUCUCAGCUGCAGUUCACCAUGGCGGGCACUCAUCUGCCCGAUCCGGCCAUCAAGCCGCGUCGUCGUCCACGCGAAGAGCAAAAUGUAACCGAAGAGGAUCUCAUCAAUGAGCUUUUGGACCAGAUCAACGAGCGAGCCGAGUGGCUGACGGAAAUGGAGUCCCUGGGCCAGGGCAAGAAGUAUCGUCCGGAGAUACGCGAACAGAUCGCCGAGCGAUUGCGUCGCAUCCAGGCCUUGGAGUCCAAGAUGAAGAUGAAGUCCGAUGGUGGCUUCCGUUUUGUGGACUAAAAAUGUGUGUGUUAUUCCCUGUUGGCAAAGUUUCAUGUUUUUCUUUUCAAAACGAGCAAACCGAAUUCAAUAAAUGCCAAGAUUAAUUCCA